AUGGACGUCGGGACGAAGGAGUCGCUGUACGCGGACACGAACCUGGAGAGUCUGGCGAACAUGUACAAGAACAAGAGCAACAUCUGGUACUCGGUCGAAAAGGUGGUCAACAAGUUGAGCGCGUACCUGACCAUCACCGCGAAGAUGUGCAACUCAGUAGUCUUCUUCUGCAUCGCGUGCGGCACCACAAACCAGAUCUUGCACAUCUGCCAGCACGACCCGAUGGACAAGCCGAUGUCCGAGGCCACCAUCAAGUUCGUGGUCUGCAUCAAUUCCAUGGACAAGAGCGACGCGGUGGACACAUGGACAGGGCGGGUCCGCGGCGAGUGGAACCGCAUAUGCGAGGAGAGGUUCAGGGAGAUGUUGUCGAGCAGGAUACAAGGGCCUGCGCAGGAACGUGGACCCAUCGUGGGCCAUGGUCUUGCCGUCGUACAUGAUGAAGGAGAGCAAGGUGGUCAUGACCGUGAACUCCAGACUUUAGCACCUCGAACGAAUCCUGAGACCGUGUCCAGCGUCCGUAUUGCAUAA